AUCUAUUUGUGUUCUCAUUUAUUUUCCCUACCGCCUUAAUGCAAUGCCGCGACGAGUCGGAGUCGAAUGCCCGAAUUGGGGUGUCGUCUCAGCCAUUCCUGCGCUAUUGACACUUUUCUCAGUAGUUGUGGUAGCUCGGGGUGGGGUGAGGACGAACCAGAACUGGAUGGGGGAGAGCGGCUUGUCAAGAUGGGAGGGGAGAAGGCAGAGGGACGACGAGUGCGUUUCUAAAACUCGUCUUUAGAGAUUUUUGCUUAUGUAUACUGACGCUGCCCCCGACCAGCUGGACAUUCCUGCUUUAUUGCACUAAUUGCCUUUGCUUUUUUGGAGGGAGCGGGGGGUGCUGUGCUUCGCGGUGGGCAGAGAGCCCUGUGCAUCCUGAGCUCCUGGGAGUAAGGAUUACAAAUUGCGUGUGGGAGCCAGAGAGCUCCGCAGCCGCUGACUUUUCCGCGUCUCGGAAAGGGCAUUUAAAUUCCGUCUUACCGCAUUUCUGACAGCCGGAGACAGACACUGCGGCGCGUCCCGCCCGCCGAUCCCCGCGGCGUUUCCCAUUCACCCCCUGCUCCUUUUAAGAAGUUGGCAUUUGGCUUUUUAAAAGAUUAAUAAAAUUAGGGAUCUUGGGCUUCCGAGGGACUGGUUGGGGACCGGGUGUUGGGGAGGCGCAGGGACCAGGGAAAGGGAGGCUGGGCAGGGAUGUGUCCGAUUCUCCUGGAAUCAUGGACUUGGGGGAAACGAGGGCGAAUCUCCGCACCCAUCCUUGGCUCCCCCGCCGCGGCCCCUGGUGUCCCCGCGCCCCUGAGAUGCGGAGGGACGGCAAGGAGCUGGGCUCGGGGCUUUUCCAGAACAGCUGCUACCCUCGGCGGGCUGCCGCGAUGCCCCUCAACGUCAGCUUCGCCAACAGGAACUAUGACCUCGACUACGACUCGGUACAGCCUUAUUUCUAUUGCGACGAGGAGGAGAACUUCUACCAGCAGCAGCAGCAGAGCGAGCUGCAACCACCGGCGCCCAGCGAGGAUAUCUGGAAGAAAUUCGAGCUGCUGCCCACCCCGCCGCUGUCCCCGAGCCGCCGCUCGGGGCUCUGCUCGCCCUCCUACGUUGCAGUCGCGUCCUUCUCCCCCAGGGGGGACGACGACGGCGGCGGCGGCAGCUUUUCCACGGCCGACCAGUUGGAGAUGGUGACCGAGCUGCUGGGAGGGGACAUGGUGAACCAGAGCUUCAUCUGCGACCCGGACGACGAGACCUUCAUCAAAAACAUCAUCAUCCAGGACUGCAUGUGGAGCGGCUUCUCGGCCGCCGCCAAGCUGGUCUCCGAGAAGCUGGCUUCCUACCAGGCUGCGCGCAAAGACAGCGGCAGCCCGAGCCCCGCCCGCGGGCCUGGCGGCUGCUCCACCUCCAGCCUGUACCUGCAGGACCUGAGCGCCGCCGCCUCCGAGUGCAUCGACCCCUCCGUGGUCUUUCCCUACCCGCUCAACGACAGCAGCUCGCCCAAGCCCUGCGCCUCCCCGGACUCCACCGCCUUCUCUCCGUCCUCGGACUCUCUGCUCUCCUCGGCAGAGUCCUCCCCGCGGGCCAGUCCCGAGCCCCUGGCGCUUCACGAGGAGACACCGCCCACCACCAGCAGCGACUCGGAGGAAGAACAAGAGGAUGAAGAAGAAAUUGAUGUUGUUUCUGUGGAAAAAAGGCAGCCCCCUGCCAAAAGGUCAGAAUCGGGGUCACCCUCGGCGGGAAGCCACAGCAAACCUCCUCACAGCCCGCUGGUCCUUAAGAGAUGCCAUGUGUCCACCCAUCAGCACAAUUACGCAGCGCCCCCCUCCACCAGGAAGGACUAUCCAGCCGCCAAGAGGGCUAAGUUGGACAGUGGCAGAGUCCUGAAACAGAUCAACAACCGCAAAUGUGUCAGCCCCAGGUCUUCGGACACAGAGGAGAAUGACAAGAGGCGGACACACAACGUCUUAGAACGCCAGAGGAGAAACGAGCUGAAACGGAGCUUUUUUGCCCUGCGUGACCAGAUCCCGGAGUUGGAAAACAAUGAAAAGGCCCCCAAGGUAGUCAUCCUUAAAAAAGCCACCGCGUACAUCCUGUCGGUCCAAACAGAGGAGCAGAAGCUCAUUUCAGAAAAGGACUUGUUGCGGAAGCGGCGAGAACAGUUGAAACACAAACUGGAACAGCUAAGGAACUCUGGUGCCUAAGUCCACCUAUUGGAGGACGGAACUGGAAUUGGUCAUGAAUUCUCAUUUGUUACUAAGAGAAAGUAAGGGAACAGGUUCCUUCUGACAGAACUGUAGCAGCUCCUCAUAUCUGAACUUUUUUCAAAUGCAUGUUCAAGUGCAACCUCACAACCUUGGCUAAGCCUUAGGAUUGAAAGGUUUAGCCAUAAUGUAAACUGCCUCAAAUGGAACUUUGGGCAUAAAAGAACUUUUUUUUAUGCUUGCCAUCCUUUUUUUUUUCCUUUAACAGAUUUGUAUUUAAGAAUUGUUUUUAAAAAAUCGUAAAGUUUACCCCACUUCCCCAUGUAAAUAUGGCCAUUAAAUGUAAAUAACUUUAAUAAAACGUUUAUAGCAGUUAUACAAGAAUUCAAACCAUG